AAAACAACACAUCCACAAUCAUGUCCACCGGUGCCCAAUCCCCCAGCAGAACCUCCCCCGACCCCUCUGUCCCCAACAACGUCCCCCAGAUGACCCAGGCCGACCAGCGUCCUGGUGUCUCGGGAACCAACCCUGGUGCUGCCCCCGGUGAGCAAUCAUCGGGUGGUGUCUCUGCCUCUGCCGUCAAGACUGCCCAGGCCUCUGCUGACUCUCUUGGAGAGGCUGGUCACUCUAGGAAGGACGUCGAGACUGGCUCUGGUCCCUCUUCAUGAUCAGACCAAGGGGGGUAGAGAAUACGUGAGAAGCAAGGAUUGAAUGCAUACAAUCUAAUAUAUAUGUGU